AUGGCAGAAAGAACCAGAUGCCCAGGUACAGAGCCGUGCGGACUGAAGGGGCGCAGUGUCUCUAGCCCCCAUGCUCCGCCCAGGAGGCGGGGAGGAGUUGGUGAACCGAAAGAGGAAACGCUUGACCCGAACCCUGCGGGAUGGAGCUGCUGCGCUUCUGGCUGCUCUGCUGCUGCUGCUGCUGCUGCGGUGCUGACGCCACCCGGAUCCCGCCACGGGGCCGUCACCCGCCUGCCGCCUUCCGGGUACCGCGUGCAUUCCUGCUGGGAUCCCUUCCCGCACCGGGAAAGUCUUCAUAGACAUCGGUACUUGAAUUCUUUAUUUUCUCAUGAAAACUCCACUGCCAUUUAUGGAAUAAAUCAGUUUUCUUAUUUGUUUCCUGAAGAGUUUAAAGCUAUUUAUUUAAGAAGCAAACCUUCCAGAUUCCCCAGAUUCCCAGCAGAAGAGCAAACGUUCAUCUCCAACAUCUCUUUGCCCUUAAGAUUUGACUGGAGGGACAAGCACGUUGUAACAUCAGUGAGAAACCAGCAGACUUGUGGCGGGUGCUGGGCCUUCAGCGUGGUGAGUGCAGUGGAGUCUGCAUAUGCCAUAAAAGGACAGCCGUUGGAGGUCCUGAGUGUCCAGCAGGUCAUAGACUGUUCAUACAACAACUAUGGCUGCAAUGGAGGGUCCACACUCAAUGCUUUGUACUGGCUCAAUAAGACACAAGUAAAAGUGGUCAGCGAUUCAGAAUACCCGUUUAAAGCCCAAAAUGGCCUCUGCCAUUACUUUUCUUGUUCACAUUCUGGAGUUUCAAUCAAAGAUUACUCUGCAUAUGACUUCAGUGGCCAAGAAGAUGAAAUGGCAAAGACACUUCUUACCUUAGGCCCUCUGAUAGUGAUAGUGGAUGCAGUGAGCUGGCAGGAUUACCUGGGAGGCAUUAUACAGCAUCAUUGCUCAAGUGGAGAAGCAAAUCAUGCUGUUCUAGUAACUGGCUUUGAUAAAACAGGAAGUACCCCAUACUGGAUUGUGCGGAACUCCUGGGGAAGUGCAUGGGGCAUUGACGGUUAUGCCCUUGUUAAAAUGGGAGGUAAUAUUUGUGGUAUUGCAGAUUCUGUGUCAGCUGUAUUUGUGUGAUGUGUUGGAUGGAGCAAGAGACAGCUGCAAAACUGAAGAUUUAUAAUGAGAUGUAAUACUUCAUUCUUGGCAUUUUGUACCUUUAGUCUUUGGCAAAGUGUUCUAGGGCCUGGUAGUGUUUAAACUAAGUUGUAGAAUACACUCUUCUUUUUUUUUUUUUGAAGAUCUUUUUUUAUUAUUAUUAUAGUUGAUUUACAGUGUUCUGGCAAUUUCUGCAGAACAACCAAGUGACCCAGUCAAAUAUAUGUAUAUAUAUACCUACACACAAACACACACAUUCUUUUUCUCACAUCAUCCUGUAUCAUUUUCCAUCAUAAGUGACUAGAUAUAGUUCCCUGUGAUAUAUAGCAGAACCUCAUUGCUUAUCCACUCCAAAUGCAAUAGUUUGCAUCUACUAACUCCAAACUCCAAGUCCAUCCCACACCCUCCCUCUUGGCAAACUGUUCUUAUAGAGAGAUAGACAACCGAAAUCAGUGGGAAGAACACCAGUUCCAGGGCCUGGGAGGAAGUCUGUGGAACUGUUUCCUAAUAGGAGGAAGAUCAGAUCAGGACAAGUUUUAGGUCUCUUUCACUCUGAAGGGGUUAUUAUCUGGUUUUGUUUUAUUAUUGUUUUUAUUUGCUAUUUGUUUAUUUUAAUGACAUAUGUCCAGUAGGAUGAAACAAAUGAUAAGAAUUUAUUUUCCUCUAUGGGACAUAAUCACCUACUGGAACUGCCCCUCUGUACAAGAUUAGCCAAUCUAAAACCAUGUGUGCCUCUCACAACUGUGUUCUCAGCCCUCUGAGAUGGAUUUAUUAAGAAUUUUGAAAUGACAAUUGCUUUAGCCCUCAAAAUGGUGCUUACCCCUUGACCUGUGUAGAUGCUGUAUAGAAAGAAUCCAAAAGACAAAGUCAGUUUUUAAGGCAAACAGUUAGCCUGACUGAAAUUAAAUGACUAAUAUGGCAACUAUGUGAUAAGAAAAUCUCAAUUAGCCUUGCCUGAAACACAAAUUGUUGUUUGGAAAUUUUCACUGCUAAUAGGAUUUCUAUAGUACAUUUUAUUUCCUCCUUUAUUCUCCUUGUGUUGAGGAUCGCUAUGUCUUCCCACAUCUUCUCACUCUUUCUCUUACUGCUUUUUUUUUUUUUUUUUUUUUUUUUUUACUAUGCUCAUAGCAUGUGGAAGUUCCCAGGCCAGGGAUCGAACCUUGGCCACGCAGCAACCAGAGCCUCUGCAGUGACAAUGCCAGAGCCUUACCCAUGGAGCCAUAUGAGAACUCCUUUCUCUUACUCUUGACUCUAAACUUCUAAGUAUUCCUGGAGGUCUGGAUUCUCUGGCUAAAGAAGUCUCAUUGUUUCCUUUCAAUUUCUAUUUUAUAACUAUUUAUUGGGCUCCACUAGUCUCUAACCCUUUAUUGACACCAGGACCUCACCUGUCUAUUCCUCUGUCACUUGGAGGCACCACCCCUUUUAAAGUUCAGUCUCAUUAAUCUGGGGUGUCAGCUGAAAGGUUUUCCCAGUUUUCUGCUUAUUUUUCCCAGACUCCUUUCCUACUUUUGUGUGGGGCAUCCCUUUGCCUUUCCCCUGGGUCUUACUUCCUGAAGCCCAUCUUCUCUCUUGCUCCAUCACUAUGUGUGGUUGUAAGAACCUCAGAACAUAAAAGCUGGCCUUCUGGUUGAAAAUAAGUACAACUGUACUAUAAGAGUUAACAUAAGAAAAUUAUAUCCAAUGCUAUAUAUAGAAAUAUUUCUUCUCUAAAAUCCAUGGUUGCUUUCCAAGGUAGACUAUCUUCACAAAAGCAAAACUGUAAAGGUAGCAACAACUACUCAAAAAAACUGAGGUUAUCCCCUUUUUCUCUCUCAUUAUUGGCCUUAUUUAUCAAUCUCCUUAUUAGAAAAAGAAAAUCAAGAACAAAAUGUAUUUUGUUUUCUUACACCAACCAUAAGCAAUUUCAAAAGAACACAUGUUGACUCAGUUUAAUGUUCCAGAACACCACAUUUCUAUUUUAUUUGGUUGGCAUUCUAAAGAUCCAAUUAUGUCAAAAAGGAACUAUGUCAUUGUUUUUCUAGUUUGUGUUCAUUUUUUUCAUUUCUGUACAAUAUAAAUGCUUUUCUGAUACUCUUUUACAAGUGACAAAUUUAUUUUAAUUACAAAAUGGUUAAUACUUCCCAGCUCUUCUGGAUUCUGAUAACAUUUAUAAUAAAACAACCUCUAUUUGACGUUGGGUAAAAGAAGGCUCUGUCCCUAAGUGAAUGACCUGUAUUUUGUAAACACAGUGUUAAUAUGCUUUACAUUCACACAAAAGUUUUCUCAGCUCCAAAUUCAUAUAUUUAAUUUUGGUUUUUCCCCAUAGACACCUUUACCUCAAUGUGUCCAAAUCAUCUUCUUCCCCUCCUCAAAAAAAAUAAAUAAAUAAUAAAAAAAGAGUUCCUGUUGUGGCUCAGCACGUUAGGGACCCAACAUCAUGUCUAGGAGGGUGCAGGUUUGAUCACUGGCUUCAUUCAUUGGGUUAAGGAUCCAGCAUUGCCACAAGCUGUUGCAUAGGUUGCAGAUGUGGCUCAGAUCUGGUGUUGCUGAGGCUUUGGCAUAGGCCUGAAGCUGCAGCUCCAAUUUGACUCCUAGCCUGGGAAUUUCCUUAUGCUGCAAGUGCGGCCAUAAAAACAAACAAAACAAAACAAAACAAAAUCAGCCCACCAACAAAUAACAGCAAAAACACCUGCGCUCCCUAGGGUAUCUAUUUUGAUUAACGGCACCAAAAUUAUGUAAUUAAUCAAAAUUGAAAGAAAUAUUAGAUAUUAUAUUAUAAACUAUACCUUAGCAACUCAUCUCUUAAUUUCUCUCCAUUUUUACUAUCUUUUCCUAAAUGCAUGUUCUCUAGUAUCUCUUACCUCCACUUUUCCAUAGUCAACCCACCAAACCCCAUGUCCCUUAAUCUGAGGGUUCUCAAAUACAGUCCCCAUACCAGAAGCCACCUGAGGACUUUGAAACUCUUCACUCAAUAGGCCCUCCAGCUAGCUGUUCCUGGUGGAUGUUGCAAUAAUCCAUCUUUUUCUGUCUGCUGGAUUUACCUUUCUAAAUAUACACCAUUACCAUGUUUUUCCUCUGCUUUAGACCAUUCAGGGGCUCCCAGUACCUACAAGAUAAAUCUCAAUUCUUUUAAAUGAGCUUUCACAAAGAAGCGCCUGUCUACCUUCUCAGCCUCAGCAACUACUGUUCUAUGUAGGCAUACGCUUUGCUACAGGCAUAACAAUCUGCUUGAAGUUCACUCAGUGAGGCUGAGAGGAAAGCAAUGAAAUAUUCACAUAAUAAUUAGGAGCCAUAAUGAAAAUAACCAGGAUGAUCCUGGAUGUGAUUUCACAGGGCUCUUAAGGUGAAUACUCAAUUAGGGAGACUUACAGUGAUUUCAUGAUUCAUUUAAGAAUUAUUUAAAGUGGAUCAUCAGCACUAGAAGCAAGUUUAAAUGAAGGCAAAAGUACUCAUUGGGAUUAUAAAUGGUUUUGACAUUUACACUAAGAUUUACUGACAUCAUUUGAAAAAAAAAAAAGAAACUCUUAGAACUAUAUAGCUUAGUUACACCAAAAAAAAAAAAA